AUGAUUAGUAAUAACUUCAAUACAUUGUCAGAAAACACGUCGACGCGUCGUCGUCGACGAACAAAUGAUGAACAAAAUGUGAAACCCGCUGUAAAACGUGGUGCCAAAAGGAAGAAUGAGGAGACAAUUGUUGAGGGCGCGAAAAAAGCAAAGAAGAAGGGAAAAUCGGAGGAUAUACCGACUGAAAAGGAAGGAUUAGAGGGAAAGACAUUCGUAUUUACUGGCGAUCUUUCUAUUGAACGUGAGGAAGCACAAAAUAAGGUUAAACGUUAUGGCGGACGUGUGACAACUGCACCAAGCUCGAGGACAACCUAUCUCGUAGUAGGUGACGAUCCGGGACCCAAAAAAGUCGAGAAAGCCAAAGAACUCGGUAUUUCAACUCUAAAUGAGGAAGAAUUUUUUGAUUUGAUCAAAAGCAUAGAAAAAAAGAAAGCCGAAUCUACUGCUAAUGAUAAUGAAGAAGAAACUGAAGAUAAAUCAUUCAAUAAUGAGACAAUGAUCGCUUCCCCAUCAUCAUCAACUAAUGAAAGUGGAGUUAUAAGCUCUCCAUCCAUAGUCGAAUCGAAAUUAUGGGUGGAUAAAUACAAACCGAAAACAUUAGCUGAAUUGUGUGGUAAUAAAAUUCCAAUCGAAAAACUUCAAAAGUUUCUUCGUGAUUGGGAUCAGAAUCUAAAGAGAAACUUUCCGAGCGGUGGUAAAGAUGAUUUGAGUGGGUAUAGGGCAGUUUUAAUUUCUGGUACACCUGGCAUCGGAAAGACAACUGCCGCUCAUUUGGUCGGCGAACUUGAGGGAUACGAUAUCGCAGAGUACAACGCCAGUGAUACCAGGUCUAAGAAAUCCCUGGAGGCUGUUGUAAAAAUUGCAACAACCAAUACGUCAAUCACCAGUUUUUAUCGUCAAACUCCAAGUGACAGUAAAGACUCUGAUACUACCAAGCAUGGUCGUGCUCUUAUAAUCAUGGAUGAAGUGGAUGGAAUGUCGGUUGGCGAUCGUGGUGGAAUAGUCGAGUUAAUGUCGUUAAUUAAGAAGACUCAAGUACCGAUCAUUUGUAUUUGUAAUGAUCGGGCUUCUGCUAAAAUCAGAAGUUUAGUAAGUUCUCCCUUAGUCUAUGAUUUGCGAUUCCAAAGAGAAAAUCUUAAACUUACUGCUCCUGUCGUGGACGAGUUGGUCCGUAACUCACAUACUGACAUCCGUCAAGUACUGAACAUGAUGUCUUCAUAUAAACUCACGAAUAAUUCGAUGGACUAUGAUCAAGGACUGGAAUUAGCAAAAGCUUCGGAAAAAAAUGACGUCAUGAAUCCAUGGGAUGUCACUAGUAAAUACUUCAAUCCACAUUCAUGGAAAGAAAAAGGAGGCAUGAAUCUGAACGAAAAAAUUGAAUUGUAUUUCCAUGAUUCUUAUAUUAUUCCGCUGAUGAUUCAGGAAAAUUAUAUAAAAACGAAACCGACUCGUGCCACUGAUCUAGCUAACGAAACCAGUCAAAGUAUUGACCUUGCAACGCUAGAAUUGCGAAGCAAAGCUGCUGAUGCUAUUUGUUUUUCGGACAGGGUAAAUGCGAAUAUACUCGGCACUCAACAAAAUUGGAGUUUGAUGCCAUUCCAUGCGAUCAUGUCGUGUGUAACACCCGCAUCUUAUAUUCAUGGUUCAAUGUCCGCUCAAAGCUAUCAUGGCGGUAGUCCAAUCGCGUUCCCAAGCUGGUUAGGUAACUACUCGAAAACAAAUAAAUAUCAACGAAGGCUUCAAGAAAUACAAAGUCAUAUGCGACCAAGGAUAUCAGGUGACAAAAAUGAAGUUAGGCAGAGUUACAUUCCUGCUUUGAUUCCUGCCUUGACAAAACCAUUGAUUGAUUACGGAAAUGAUGGAAUACCGGAAGUGAUAGAAAAAAUGGACGAAUACUUCUUAACCAAGGAGGAUUGGGACGUGAUGCUUGAAAUGGGACUUGCACAUAAUGAUGGCGAUAAAAUAUUGAAGAAGAUUUCUUCCGCUGUCAAAUCAGCCUUCACACGAAAAUAUAAUAGCACCUCUCAUCCAACUCCAUACACGCGAGGCAAUGUAUCAGCCAAGGCAGCAAAAGCCAUUCCCUCCUCGAAAGAAGUUCCCGAUAUCGAAGAAGCAAUUGAAGUCGAUGAAAUUCUUGAAGAAGAGGAGAGCGUAUCAUCGAACGAAGAUGAUUUAACGCAAGAUAAAAACAUCAAGAAGAAAAGUGGAACUGGGAAGGGCAGAGCUGCUGCUAGUAGCUCAAAGAAGACCGCGACCGCUUCGGGAUCUAGAGGUGCACGUGGUGCGGGAUCGAGAGGGGGGAGGGGAAGCCGAGGUGGUGGUCGUGGUAGGGGCAAAAAAUAG